GAAAGAUCUGUGAGAGUGCUCGGUGCUCCUCUGCCCCAUGGCUGAAGAUGGAUCUCCCAAAAUUUAUUCUCGUCCUCCAAGAGACAGCAGUAAAACACCAACGGAAGCGGACAUUUUCUUUGGGGCUGACAACACUAUUCCUAAAUCAGAAACAACUAUUACCUCUGAAGGAGACCACAUUACUUCAGUAAAUGACUGCACCGCAGAUGGUGAUUUUUCAACUACAGUCAACAAGCUCACACCUACAAAGGAAAAACUUAAAUUAGAAGAAGAUAUUGAAGCAAGUCUGAAAUCAUCAACUCUUCCAGAGAAAGAAAUUACCACUCCGACUGAAACUACCAACUCCAAACCUAAGGAAUCAAUUACUGAAAAUUUCAUUCCGGUGAAAAUUGGAAAUAUCUCAUCCCCAGUUGGCACUGUUUCUUUAAUUGAUUUUUCCAGUAACAUAGCGAAGGAAGACAUCCUCUUAGCCUCCAUUGACGCAGACGACAAAGAAGUCAAACCCAGUGCUGAGCUCUCUGAAACACAGGAGGACAGCUCUGCCAAUGACGAGGAUACCUCUGUACCUCCAGAUGAGAAUACUGAAACUGAUGUUAGUUCUUCGACUAGCUCUGACGUUCCUGAUGAUGGAGCUGUCCAGGUCACUGACUCCUUUAGUCCUGAGUCUGACGUCCCUCCCUGUACUGAAAAGGAGGUCACCACCAUUCCAGACAUAACCAACGUUGCAGAAGACAAAGUCACUAAGAUUGACUUGAUUGUUUCAGAAGAUAGGCCCAAAACCAUGACUAAAUUAAGUGACUCCGAAGAAGAAAAAUUUAUCACUGUUUUUGAACUCACUAACUCAGCUGAAAAAGCCAAAGAUAACCCAGAAGAUCCUUUAACUGAUGAGGAGCCGGCUGACGGAGUUAAUACUUGGGUGGAAAAAGAUGCUGCAAAUGAAGCAGAGUCUCAUGCUGUCCUGCUCACCGCCGUUGAAUCUAGGUACGACUUCGUUGUCACUGCCUCCGAAACUAACAGCGUCGUCGUGGAGGAACCGCACGUGGACACAAAGAAAUCGCCUGAAAAGGAUGCAGCAGAGUCUGUCACUAAUGUCACAGAGGAAUUCCCUUCAGUGACCUCUGUAGUAGAACAGAGUGGGGACAAGGAGGACUUAUCUAACAAUGACUCCGGUAUCUUUAAACUGCUCAAAGAAGAACCAGAUGAACUCAUGAUGUAA